UGAGUUAUCGCAUAAAGUAGUUGUAGACGCUCACGUUUGUACUUUGUAGUCGCUAGCUAUUUCUACAGUUUAAAUUUUUCAGUACUACUUGGAUGUCGGAUCAUAGUUGUAGUUGUACAACUUACGUUAUUAUUUGGUGUUAAAGAUGAUUGAGCAGAUCUCAACAUUAAUGCGUAUUAUAAAACAUUUAUAAAUCUCAACUGCAACUAUGGCGUUGGUGUAUAGAAACACAAAUGGUAAUAGGYCUAAAAUAUGUAUAUUGCCAAUGCCUCUAUUAAUGGGUUUUGUUAUUGGCAUUAUGUCAGUUUAUACUUAUUAUUUGCUAAUGAAUUAUGAAGACAAUACAAAGCUAACUCCAGUCCCAGUUGAACAUUUUAGCAGUCAAAUCAAGUUAAACCAUCAUCACCAUUAUCAUAUWGUGGAUCUAACAAAAUCUACUAUAAAUCAUAAUGUAUCACUUUUGUGUGUUAUUUUUAUUAAUGACAUAGACUCAUUACUUAUGCAACAUAAUGUUUGGCUUGACAAAUGUGGCAACAACAAAAUGUAUGUGAGUAAACAAGAUCACAAAUAUAUUGGUCAUGUUGUUACUGAUACUUAUUCAUCACAACCAUGGAAGUAUUACUGCCAGACUUUAAUGUUCUUACAUAACAAAUAUAAUUCUCAUCAAAUUAAAUAUGAUUGGAUAUUUUUGGCCAAGGAUAAUGUAUGGCUAAUUUAUGAAAAUUUAUUACAUUUAAUAUCAUUUUUGAAUGUCAAUAAACACUUUCAUAAUUAUUAUGCUGGGGAAUAUAUCAACGGUGUAUUAAAUAUCAAUGCAGGUAUACUGUUUAGUACAGAUACAUUAACAGCCUUAGUACAUUUAAUCAGUAGUAUGGAUGGUUGUAACUCGGAAGUAUCCAACAAUGAAAAUCAAAUGUUAAAUUACUAUUUAAGAAAACUUAAUAAUGUUAUACCAAUUAACAAUAUGGAUUCAUAUGGUUGUACCUUGUUUCAUUCAAUAAAUCUUUUCAAAGGUUUUAAUGUAAAAAGCUUGAGACCUGAAGUACUUAAUAAAUGUAUGAGUAGAUUUGCUAUUACGUUUCAACUAGACUUAUCUUCGAAUUACUAUGCAAUGUUUUACAAGUAUGUCUUAUACMAAGUUAGAUUAGUAGCUAAACAUGAUCUAAUGUCUAAUGGCAGUAAGAUUAUAUCAGAACCAUCUCCUGAAGAUGUAAAUAUUUGGAGGAGAGAAGCUCUUUAUGAAUUGAAUCUUGAUCCUGGUAAUAUGUCACAAACAGAUUUUUUUUACUACUGGUCAAAGAAACGUCAAAUUAUAUUGUAAUCGUUAAGUUUUAACUGUUUUAAAUUAGAUUUAGAAUAAUUGGUUGUGGCUUCAGUGGUAUGGUUAGCUAAUCAAAUUGUAGAAUUUCUAUUAUUCUCAUUCGGUAUUCACCUAUAACUAUCCUGACUCAAUUUAUAUUAAACAAUUUGCUGAAAAUAGAAUUUUGUUCAUUAUAUUGUUUCAUAGAAUUCCAUUAUUAUCUUCUUUCCAUACCAUUGUAAUAUUUAAAAACAGGGUAAUUAAAAUUAUUUUUUGUAAUUUGUACUUUUAAGUCAUGUUUUUGUAAUAAUUAAGUACGGUUUAAAAUGAUUCGUAAAAGAAGCAUACAACUAACUUCUAGUCUGUGAAUUCUAGUGAAAUUAUGCAGCUAAUUUUAUUUUUCUAAUUAUGUUUGUGUAAGUAACAACUGAUCUUAAUACCAAUUGUAUUUUGAAUGUAAGAUAUUGAAACUUGUAUAAGCUGAUAGGUACUUAAUUUUUUUUUACACAUGUCAUUAUAUACAUAUCAUUUACA